UCCUAGAACUCGUUGCUAGAGCUGAAUUUCUAUCAGUGGCAAAUAAAAGGGUCGUGAAGGAAUGAAGAGAAACAAAAGGUUUUCCUCACUCUUUUUCAUCUCCUUGUUGGUGAUUGUCUUUGUCACCUUCUCUACAGUUUCUGUGGAAGCAAGGAAGACUAAGAAAAAUCUUCACAAACGUCAUAAAGAUAGUCACAGUGGCAAUGGCCACGGUCGACGGUCACAUUCUCUAUGUCCAACACCAACCCCUCCGCCUUAUUAUGGUCCUCAAGGGAGCAUGUUUGAUGUUUUGUCUUUUGGUGCCAAGGGUAAUGGAGUUUCUGAUGAUUCAGAGGCACUUGUAGCUGCAUGGAAAGGUGCAUGUAAAGUUGCUGGUGCUACAGUUAAAAUUCCAGCACAACGCAAGUUCCUCAUCAAACCUGUUACUUUACAAGGCCCUUGUAUGCCUUACCUUACUCUUCAGAUCGAUGGAACUCUAUUGGCACCUGCUGAAGCAUCUUCUUGGCCAACAUCAAGUUUGUUUCAGUGGAUAAAUUUCAAGUGGGUACAGAACUUUACCAUCAAAGGUUCUGGCACUAUUGACGGCCAAGGCUAUAACUGGUGGAGCUACUCAGAAUUAUAUGACAUACAGAAGAAGAUCUAUUCAAAAAAAAUUCCAAGCAUGAAACCAACAGCUAUAAGAUUUUACUCCAGCAACUCUGUCACAGUUCGUGAUAUCAGAAUCAUAAACAGUCCUCUGUGCCAUCUAAAAUUUGACAACUCAAAGGGGAUUGAAGUUGACAACAUUACAAUAUCCUCCCCAGAGAAUAGCCCAAACACUGAUGGCAUUCACUUACAGAACACACAGGACGUGGAAAUUCAACGUUCAAUCAUUGCAACAGGAGAUGACUGUGUAUCCAUCCAAACCGGUUGCUCUAAUAUUCAUGUCCACCACAUUAAUUGUGGCCCCGGACAUGGUAUAAGUUUGGGAGGAUUAGGGAAGGACAAGAGUGCAGCAUGUGUGUCUGACAUCAUUGUUGAGGAUAUCUCUAUGAAAAACACUCUAUAUGGAGCAAGGAUCAAAACAUGGCAGGGAGGCUUUGGUAUGGUAAAAAAUGUGUCAUUUUCCAGAAUUCAAGUGUACGAUGUUAUGUUUCCAAUAAUGAUAGAUCAAUACUAUUGUGACAAGCAAAAGUGCAAGAAUCAGACAAGCACUGUGGUGAUUUCUGGGGUGAAGUUUGAUCAAAUAAGUGGAACUUUUGGAAUGCAGCCUGUUCAUCUAGCUUGCAGCAAUUCCAUUCCAUGCACAGAUGUUGAUUUAACCGACAUUCAACUGAGUCCCUCCCCUAAAUAUAAAGGUUUGCAACAAGCUGUGUGCUGGAACACUUACGGAAAAUCACAAGGGCCUUUGCUACCUUCAACCAUUGAUGAUUGCUUGAAAAGUGGUGGUGGACUAAUCAAGAGGAUAGCAAGGUCACACGAUAGACUUUGUUACUGAUUGCUCAUGUGAGCCUUGUGGCAGCUUCCCUUCUACAAUUUUUUUUAUAACUGUGGGAAGGUGAUGAUGGUGUAAAUUAAUUUACUUCAUUUUUCCAUUGGAUUUAAUGUGCUCAUAGACUUUGUUCAUUGGUUCAGUGUUGAGUGAGAA